AGGCACAAGGCAGCAGUGUGCGUCCUGCUCCCAAGCCUUGCAGAGCUCAGCACCCGACGUGCCGGACGUCUGUGAUGGCUCUCCGCCUUCUCCUGCCGCUGCUCCUGCUGGCUGCUGCCCUCCUCAUCUACCCAGCUCGAGGCAUUAGCAGCCAAGCCUCCGACUGCUGCCUGAAGAACAGCCAGAGGAACAUCCCAGCCGGCUGGGUGAAGUCCUACAGCCUGCAGGGACCUGAGACGGGCUGCCUGCUGCGUGCUGUUGUGUUCACCACCAGGAAGAAUAAAAAGCUCUGCGCCUCUCCGACUGACCCCGCUGUCCAGAAGCUGAUCCAGAAGCUGGAGAAGAAGAAAGGGUCAUCUGGGGCCCCACGGAGAAAAGCCCCGCGGCAGAAGAGGCAGCGCACCUAGGCUAGCCCUGAAGAGGAUGGACGCCUUCCCCACUGACGACUGCCUGGACACGGACAUCUGGAGAGCGCCAGCCCCGGCCGGGGCGAGGGUGGGCUGGCAGAGGGGGCUGCCCUUCGCACCGCAGCCCCCUCGGUGCUGCUGUUCCUGCUGCAGAGUUGCCCCAGCGCUGGCCGGCCGAGCGCACCGGGCUGUGCCAUUGGGGCUUUCUGCGAUGGCGGCUCCCGCGCUCCCCGCGGGGUGUGAGAGCCGGCCCUCGGGACGUCCCCGACCUGCACGGCCCCGGGGAGCUGAUCCCCGCGCUGGGGAGGGCUGCCUUGGGGACCGUGUCAGCUCCAGAGGCGCCCAACAGGAUGGCAGCUUUUCCUCUGACUGUUUGGGGGGGUUAUACAUUUGUAUUUAUAUUUAAAGACUGUGCUUUCAUUCAGUCUUCCUGAAGGGCUCUACUUUUGGCUCCUCAUACUUUUUAGAGUAUCCUUUAUAUCAUAGGCUAGCUUUUCUGGAAGAUUACUCCUAUUUUUCUACCGAAUAAAUCGUGGCUGCAUUUCAUUUCGCUCUAGCCUGUUUGCUCCUUUCUGGCUUGCUGGGCUGUGGGGCGCUGGGCAGGGUCCGUGUCCCUGGGCCUCCUCACAGAGCAGUCAGCAGUGAUGAGAAGAAGUUUGGGGACAGUGGGGUGGUGGUAUGGCUGAAUUUCUGGGCUGCUCUGGGGUUUCCCUUCAGCUUUUACAGCAUGCUGUUGCAGUGUAGUUUGGAGGAAGAUAGUCAGGAUUUGUCCACAUACCCUUUUCAUUUUUUUAAAAGCUGGUUUUUUUUUGUUUUUUUUUUGUUUUUUUGUUUUUUUGGUUUUUUUUUAAAGUAUGAAAUUGUAGUUAAAGCAAAACAAGCGUUCAGUUUGGUGGAAUUUUACCCCCUUACUCCCCCUUGUUUUUGCUGUGGUCAGAUGUUCAUUCUUAAGUUCUACCUUCAGGGGAAAAAAAAACACUUUCAUGCUUUUAGGCCAAAUCCAAAAAGCCUGUAUGUGAAAACUAUGUGUGCAAAGCAGUGCAGGUGAGGAGACAGAACAGUUUGCAAAAUCCAUUGUGAACAGACCUCAGUUGUUUUGAGAGUGGUCCUAUCCCAGAUCUUUAGUAAAAUGAGAAGUCACUAACCCAGGGAUGCCUUGAAGUGAGACUGCAGGGAGUGAGGGCAUGGAUCCAGGGAAAAGGGCUGAUGGGGUCAUGGCACCUACCUGCAUUUGCAAAAACCCCUCCAGCACACUGAGAAGGAGCCAUUUGAAGUGCCCUAAUGCAGCUGCAGUGCUAUUUGCUUGCAGAGGCUUCAGACAUGGACUUUGGUCAAUUAAGGUCUAUUAAGUUGUAUAAUUGCAAUAAUAGGAUUUGCAGGGCUUAACAAUAUCAGCAAAGGCUGUGCGCUGGCUGGUGAAAGCUUGUAGCUGAGCGUGUCUAUCAAGCAUGUUUAUCUGGCUUGAUUGCUUUAUUAGGCGGGUGUUUAGGUGUUCUUUAAAGACUGUAUAAAGAAACUGUGAAGUCUGAGAUACUGGCCCUGAGGAAAGGACAAGUGCUGAGCUUGCUCCAUGCUGCACUCUGCUCCACGUGGAAGCACGCGUCCACCUGCCGGGCCAGUUUUGAGACAAGAUGCAAGGCAAUAAAAACAUAUCCUUAACCAAC